GCCCUCGGCGCCGCGCUCGCGCCUUUCGGAGCGGAAAGCCACCCUUCUUCGCCGAGGAUCGUCCCCCGCGUGCCUCCGCGUUCCCGGUCACUUUUUGAGAUUUUCCGGGGGGCGCUCGGCGGCUUCCCGGAUUCCGGGGGAAACUCGGGCCGCCGGGCGCGGGGGGCCGGUGGCGCGGGCGAGGAGGGGAAGAGCCCGGGCUUAAGCGGAGGCUCGCACGGAGGCAAGAACUUAUUCAACAAGUUUACCCACCCACCCCCUGCGUUCCCCUCUUUUCGAUGUGCGUUUUCGGACAUGCGGAGGUUACUGGAACCGUGUUGGUGGAUUUUGUUCCUGAAAAUCACCAGUUCCGUGCUCCAUUAUGUCGUGUGCUUCCCCGCGCUGACAGAAGGCUACGCGGGCACCUUGCACGAGAACAGACACGGGAGCUCGGCACAGGUUCGAAGGCGUAAGGCCUCAGGUGACCCAUACUGGGCUUACUCGGGCACCUAUGGUCCUGAACACUGGGUCACAUCUAGUGUCAGCUGCGGAGGGCGACACCAGUCUCCUAUUGACAUCAUAGACCAGCACGCACGAGUUGGUGAAGAGUAUCAGGACCUGCAACUUGACGGCUUUGACAAUGAGUCUUCAAACAAAACCUGGAUGAAAAACACAGGGAAAACAGUUGCCAUCCUUCUGAAAGAUGACUAUUUUGUCAGUGGUGCUGGCCUGCCUGGUAGAUUCAAAGCCGAGAAGGUGGAAUUUCACUGGGGCUAUAGCAAUGGCUCUGUGGGAUCUGAACACAGCAUCAACGGCCGGCGGUUUCCUGUGGAGAUGCAGAUUUUCUUUUAUAAUCCAGAUGACUUUGACAGCUUCCAAACUGCAAUUUCUGAAAACAGAAUAAUCGGAGCCAUGGCCAUAUUUUUUCAAGUCAGUCCAAGGAACAAUUCUGCUCUGGAUCCUAUUAUCCAUGGGUUGAAGGGCGUCGUACAUCAUGAGAAAGAAACCUUUCUGGAUCCUUUUGUUCUCCGGGAGCUCCUGCCUGCCUCCCUGGGCAGCUAUUACCGCUACACUGGUUCUUUGACCACCCCGCCCUGUAGCGAAAUUGUGGAAUGGAUAGUCUUCCGGAAGCCUGUUCCCAUCUCUUACCACCAGCUCGAGGCUUUUUAUUCCAUCUUGACCACAGAGCAGCAAGACCACGUCAAGUCGGUGGAGUAUCUGAGGAACAACUUCCGGCCACAGCAGGGCCUGAAUGGCAGAGUGGUGUCCAAGUCAGCUGUCCGAGACGCCUGGAACCACGACAUGACGGACUUCUUAGACAACCCCCUGGGGACAGAAGCCUCUAAAGUUUGCAGCUCGCCACCCAUCCACAUGAAGGUGCAGCCUCUGAACCAGACAGCACUACAGGUCUCCUGGAGCCAGCCCGAGACCAUCUAUCACCCCCCCAUCAUGAACUACAUGAUCUCCUACAGCUGGACCAAGAAUGAGGACGAGAAGGAGAAAACAUUCACCAAGGACAGCGACAAAGACUUGAAAGCCACCAUUAGCCAUGUCUCACCCGAUAGCCUUUACCUGUUCCGCGUCCAGGCCGUGUGUCGGAACGACAUGCGCAGCGACUUCAGCCAGACGAUGCUCUUCCAAGCUAAUACCACUCGAAUAUUCCAAGGUACCAGAAUUGUUAAAACAGGAGUGCCCACGGCGUCCCCGGCCUCUUCAGCCGACAUGGCCCCCAUCAGCUCCGGUUCCUCCACCUGGACGUCCUCUGGCAUCCCUUUCUCUUUCGUCUCCAUGGCGACUGGCAUGGGCCCGUCAUCCAGUGGCAGCCAAGCGACCGUGGCCUCGGUGGUCACCAGUACGCUCCUGGCCGGCCUGGGGUUCGGUGGUGGCGGCAUCUCCUCUUUCCCUAGCACUGUGUGGCCCACCCGCCUCCCUACAGCCGCGGCGGCCAGCAAACAGGCGGGCCGGCCCGUGCUGGCCACCACGGAGGCCUUGGCUGCCCCGGGCCCCGACGCUGACGCAGCCCCACCCAAGGACGGCGAAGGUGCCGAGGAAGGGGGAAAGGACGAGAAGAGUGAGAGCGAGGACGGGGAGCGGGAGCACGAGGAGGAGGGGGAGAAGGACUCCGAGAAGAAGGAGAAGAAUGGGGUGGCACGCACGGCCCAGGAGCAGAACCAAACCCAGCCCAGCCCCAGCCCCUCGACUCCCAAUAGGACUGCCCCCGAGGGCGGGUAUCAGACUAUACCUGGGCACGACCCCGGUGCCAGCCCCACUGACCAGCCCGAGGACACCAGGGAUAAUCACCCCGACCUGCACCCCGAUUCCGUCUCCGCCACCCAAGUGCCCCCCACAGUCACAGAGGAAUAUUCUGAAGGGAGUGACCCCAAGAGGCCUGAGAUGCCAUCUAAAAAGCCUGCAUCCCGAGGGGACCGAUUUUCCGAGGAUAGCAAGUUUAUCACUGUUAACCCAGCAGAAAAGAACACCUCUGGGAUAAUAAGCCGCCCUUCUCCGGGCAGGAUGGAGUGGAUCAUCCCUCUGAUUGUGGUAUCAGCCUUGACCUUCGUGUGCCUCGUCCUUCUCAUUGCUGUGCUAGUUUACUGGAGAGGGUGUAACAAAAUAAAGUCCAAGGGCUUUCCCAGACGUUUCCGUGAAGUGCCUUCUUCUGGGGAGAGAGGAGAGAAGGGGAGCAGAAAAUGUUUUCAGACAGCUCAUUUCUAUGUGGAAGAUAGCAGCUCCCCUCGGGUGGUCCCUAAUGAAAGUAUUCCUAUUAUUCCUAUUCCGGAUGAUAUGGAAGCCAUUCCUGUCAAACAGUUUGUCAAACACAUUGGUGAGCUCUAUUCUAAUAACCAGCAUGGGUUCUCCGAGGAUUUUGAGGAAGUCCAACGCUGUACGGCUGAUAUGAACAUCACUGCAGAACAUUCCAAUCAUCCAGAUAACAAGCACAAAAACAGAUACAUCAACAUUUUAGCAUAUGAUCACAGUAGGGUGAAGUUAAGACCUUUACCAGGAAAAGACUCUAAGCACAGCGACUACAUUAAUGCAAACUAUGUCGAUGGUUACAACAAAGCGAAAGCCUACAUUGCCACCCAGGGACCUUUAAAGUCUACAUUUGAAGAUUUCUGGAGGAUGAUUUGGGAGCAAAACACUGGAAUCAUUAUUAUGAUUACGAACCUUGUGGAAAAAGGAAGACGAAAAUGUGAUCAGUAUUGGCCAACCGAGAAUAGUGAGGAGUAUGGAAACAUUAUCGUCACACUGAAGAGCACAAAAGUACACGCCUGCUAUACCAUUCGUCGUUUUUCAGUCCGAAAUACAAAAGUGAAAAAGGGUCAGAAGGGAAAUCCCAAGGGUCGCCAGAAUGAAAGGGUGGUGAUCCAGUAUCACUACACACAGUGGCCUGACAUGGGGGUUCCAGAGUACGCCCUCCCCGUCCUGACCUUUGUGCGGAGAUCCUCUGCAGCCCGCCUGCCAGAGAUGGGGCCCGUGUUGGUGCACUGCAGUGCUGGUGUGGGCAGGACAGGCACCUAUAUUGUAAUAGACAGCAUGCUGCAACAGAUAAAAGACAAAAGCACAGUUAAUGUCCUGGGAUUCCUGAAGCAUAUCAGGACACAGCGUAACUACCUCGUCCAGACUGAGGAGCAGUACAUUUUCAUCCAUGAUGCCUUGUUGGAAGCCAUUCUUGGAAAGGAGACAGAAGUAUCUUCAAAUCAGCUGCAUAGCUAUGUUAACAGCAUCCUCAUACCAGGUGUCGGAGGAAAGACAAGACUGGAAAAACAGUUUAAGCUGGUCACACAGUGUAAUGCAAAAUAUGUGGAAUGCUUUAGUGCUCAGAAGGAAUGUAACAAAGAAAAGAACAGAAAUUCUUCAGUUGUGCCAUCCGAACGUGCUCGAGUGGGCCUUGCACCAUUGCCUGGAAUGAAAGGAACAGAUUACAUUAAUGCUUCUUAUAUCAUGGGCUAUUAUAGGAGUAAUGAAUUUAUUAUAACCCAGCAUCCUCUGCCACAUACUACGAAAGAUUUCUGGCGAAUGAUUUGGGAUCACAAUGCACAGAUCAUUGUCAUGCUGCCAGACAACCAGAGCUUGGCAGAAGAUGAGUUUGUAUACUGGCCAAGUCGAGAAGAAUCCAUGAACUGUGAGGCCUUUACUGUCACCCUUAUCAGCAAAGACAGACUGUGCCUCUCCAAUGAAGAACAAAUUAUCAUUCAUGACUUUAUCCUUGAAGCUACGCAGGAUGACUAUGUCCUAGAAGUUCGGCACUUUCAGUGUCCCAAAUGGCCUAACCCGGAUGCUCCCAUUAGCAGUACCUUCGAGCUGAUCAAUGUCAUCAAAGAAGAGGCCUUAACACGGGAUGGCCCCACCAUUGUUCAUGAUGAGUAUGGAGCAGUUUCAGCAGGAAUGUUGUGUGCCCUUACCACUUUGUCCCAGCAACUGGAGAAUGAAAAUGCUGUGGAUGUUUUCCAGGUUGCAAAAAUGAUCAAUCUUAUGAGACCCGGAGUAUUCACAGAUAUUGAACAAUACCAGUUUGUCUAUAAAGCAAUGCUCAGCUUGGUCAGCACUAAAGAAAAUGGAAAUGGCCCCAUGGCAGUGGACAAAAAUGGUGCUGUUCUAAUUGCUGAUGAAUCAGACCCCGCCGAGAGUAUGGAAUCUCUAGUGUGAUUGAAAUCCGGAAAGGGCACGUAAUUUGUAAAACUUCGGAAGACUGAGAACUUUUUUGAGGCCUUUUUUGCCAGACUCUAGGUUAUACAAUAACCCAGUUACUUUUUUACACUGAUAAAAGUUUUGAUAUUUAUUUUUUGCCAUUUUAUGUCUUAAUGGUAUCCUACUGAGCAUUUGCACCUCUGUUCAUUUCACAGUGAAACGCGGUUUUACCUAGUUUGCACUAUAUGAUCAGUGUUACUGCCUAUAAUCUAAUAUUAAAGCAACCCCGAUGUGACAUUCCAUGACAACACACAUGCUAUUUUUAGUUCAGUACAGUGAAAGUCUUUGUUAUGACAGUGAAUAUUGAGUUUAUUAUGAUUAUUAUCAUCAUUCUUAUUAUAUUGCUAAAGCAGUUGCAUUCUACUAGCAGGCAAUGCUGUACUACUUUUCCUCAGCCCUCUUCUUUUCUAUUUUUUAAGGCACUGUUCAAUAAUGUAUGCAUUCUGUAUUUUAACCAAGUAGUUAAGCAUUGUUCUUCAAGAAAAGCAGGCUACUGGGAGUUACUAAGGUCUAUCAGUAUCAUGGCCUUGAAAUCAUUCCAUUUAUGAUGGAAGAUAUAUCUAUUAGGCAAUUAGAAGGCUUAAGAGUUGCUUCAUGUAAACAUCACUUAUUAGUUACAAACUUAUAUUCAAAGCUUUUUAAAAAUGCCCAAUUGUGUCAAAAUAAAGGAUAUCUCUGUGUUACAGUUUUCACAGUAGCUAUGUGGACAUUGUGUUUUAUUUCCAUUUGACUCUGAAAUAGCCUCACCCCAAAAUCAGGGCUAUCUUUUACAGAGAAGGCAAUACCUUAUACAACUGAGUUAUGAAUCCCUUUAGUGACUCUACAUGGAUGCUUCCUAGUUUUAUACCAUACCUCACAGCAGAUAAAGGAAGAUAUUGCAGAUAUCUAAUUUUGAGUCUAGUUCUGUUUAAAAUUCCUAUUAUUCAUAUAGCAACCUAAUAAAAACUACCUAUAUAGUUAACAUUUUCUAUUUUUGCCAAAUGUUUCAUGAUGAAUCUCUAUAAUUACAUACAUUCUUCUUAAGAUUAAAUUGAAAAUACUGUAUUAGCAAAAGUCUUGGGUUUGUCUAGACUCCCACACAUGUAUACAUCUGAUUUGGAGAAAGAAAAUUAGAAUCUUGAGUCAGAGGCUAUAAAGACACUUAAAGGGGAAGACAGAUUUGUCUGCUUUCAUGUGGUUUGACCUGAAAAAUAGAUAAACUUCUGAAAAGUAAAUGAUUACACAGAACCCAAAGAAGUUAAUUGGCUUAAUAUGUGAAACUACAGUCACCAUGCAGUAUUUAAAGGAAAAAGUAAAGCAUUCACAAGAAAAGUUAUUUCACUUAGGAAAAUAAGCUACGUGCUAAGAUCAAUUGCUUCUGUGGAAUAUUUGCUUUUUAAGGGAUGACUUCAAUAAAUCAUCCCCAGAAUAGGAACUGUUACAAAGAAAAAUGGCUUCAUUUUUCACAUUAAUAAACAUCAAUAACAACAAUAACAAAAAAUCCAUCCUGUUGACUAUCAUACUAUCUGGAUAGAUGUUAAAAACACUAGUGAUAAUCAGCACUGAGAUUCUAUUUCUCUUGAGCCGACUUUCUCUGGUUUGUCAAAGUAGUGCUGACAGACCUGGACUGCUAAAAAGUGAGGCUACAGGUCAAAUCCAGGAGUUUCAAUGCAUAGGUGCAUAGGUCAACAUAAGUCAACAACAUUUUCAGGAACUAUGCGACUUGCCAGGGUUAAUUUCAUCUUUUCAUCACAUAGUUUGAACAACAAGCAACACUUUUCAUGAACCUUGUAAACCAGGCUUGAUAAAAAGGGGUGCAGGUGAGCUAAGUUUGCUAAACUGCAAGUGGUAAAUGACAGAUAUACCUUUACUGCCCCUCUAUUCCACCAGAGGUGACACAAGAAAAUUCUAGCUUAAGGGAUAAUCUUGACUCUAGGAUCACUAAGACUGCCACAAGGUUAAGAGGAAUCAGGAAGGGAGAAGGUUUCAGAAUAUUCUAAGAGGUAGAUUAUUUCAUACCAUGAAGUGGAUUGUUUUAGUCAAAUAAAGUGUUAGAAAGAGCUCUUCUCAGUAGUUGGCAUAGUGGAUUCUCCCCUCAAACCUAAUAUUCAAGUUGGACAUUCAGGUAAUGUCCAACUUGAAGUAUCUCAGUAAAGGCAUCUAUUUGUGAGGCUCCCCCCCCCCCCCCGCUUAAUGUAAGUAAAUGUUGGCAAGAAGACAAAGGACAGAUAUUUUCUUCUGUACUAUAUACAGAGGGUUCAAUUCAUGGAAAUGCAUACCCUCCAACACAAUUCUGUGACUAUCUCUUACGUGGGUGUUAGAAUAAUGACAUAAGAAGGAAAGAAACAGGACAGAAACAUUAGAAAGAUGGUUUAGAAGUUCUCUGAGCAAUUGUGCGCCUGUAGCAGGUAUGAACCAAAAUCCACAAAAUCUGACCCACUGAACUUUAAGCAAUGGCUAUUUGCCUAUCUUGUCCAAAUGGUCCAAACACACUUGACGAAGGAUAGUUGUAUUUGGCAGCUCUUCAUGUUCACCUGAGUGCAUCCUCAAUAAAGGAUAACUCCUCCAUCCUCAACAAAUGAAAGAAAUCCUUCAUUUAUUAUUGGCAAAAAUAUGCUUGCAUCUUUCCAGAGGCAGAUAGUUUCAAAGAUGGCAUUCAUUUUCUUUGAAACCUAAGCACAUUGCUUAACUAUAUAAUAAGGUUAUUACUACUUGCACUCAGGGGGAAGGGAAAUAGCUAUUGCAAGUUAGUGUGUGCUAUUUUAUGUUUUUUAGGUGUGUGAAAUUAGGUCUGUUCAUUCAGAAACAAAAUGCACACGUACAAAAUUGAACUGCAGUGGUAACCAAGUGGCCAUGCUGGACAUCAGAAAAAAAUAAUUCAUUCCUAUUAGAACUCUUCAUUAGAUCCAAAACCGCAAUAUUAUAUAUAUGCACACAUAUAUAUGUAUGUAAAAUGACUUCUGAAUUUCAAAUACGAGUUGAACUGAAUUGGUUUUCCCAAUGUUACACCCUGGAGCUUUUACAUUAUUGCAAAUUGAAGAGUUUAAUAAGAUCAAACAAGGUUCUAGUGUUUGAGGUCCAGCUGUUUGAAGACCAGAAUGACAUAUUGAAAUUAACAAAUAACCUUAAUUAUUUUAUAAAGAUACAGCACAACUGCCUUGUUAUAAAUUUUUAUUAAAUGCAUAUAUACUGUAUUUAAAUUUUAAAAUAUAGUUACCAACUUACCAAAGAUACAUAUUGCUAAUUCUAAGCAAAAAAAUACCCAAAUUUAUCAUAAUUUAAAAAAUAAAAUCAGAAUGUAGCUUGUCUUAAGAAUUUAGCAGUUAUACUGAAAAAUGCAUUUCCAACUCCUAUGUUCAAAAGUUUAUGUUCAAAUGGUGCCAGUGAGUUUUUAUAUGAAGGGAAAAUGCCUGCUUUUUUUUUCCAAAAUAGUUGUAAUUCAACUUACCCCUUUGCACUUUCCCUUAGUUGCCAUUUAACAUAUACUAUUGGCUUCACUUAUCUCUAGAAAGAAGGCAUGCUACAAAUAGAAAGAAAUUGUAAUAAUAUUUGGCCUCUACUUUGUCUUAGCUGUUAAACUGUUUUUAGUAUUUUUGUUAAAUAUUUGCAAAGGGAAGCAUUUUCUACAGAGGAUAAUUAAUUUCAAGAAAAAUAUCUUGAGUUUUAAAAAAUAAACAUCUCCAGAAAAGGAGACAGUCAAUUUUGUAAAAUGUCGCAACUCUCCAACAUUUGGGGUAGUGACUCCUUUUUUGUUAGGACAUUUGAAACUAGCAAGCAGCCAUUGUUUCUUAAAAAAAAUAAGAGAAAAAAAUUCAGCCUUCAUGUGGACUCAUGUUUCUUUCCCUUCAUUUUGAAAUAGAUAAAAAUCAUUAAAAUUGUAAAUAUUUUGUUGCUUAGAUAAGCAUCUUCUGGGAACUUUGUAUCUAUGGUAUAUAAUCAUAGAAUUUUAUAUUUUCAUAUAAAGCUAAUUUUUUUCUAGUUUCAACUCUGUCAUAGUGUUUUUUUUUUUGUUUGGUUUUUGGGUUUCCUUUUUGUUUUUUGAGGAUUUUUUUGCGUUUUGUUUGAGGGUGGUUUUUGGUGGUGGAUAUGUGAGUUCAACUUUCUGUGUAUUGAAGUAGCAAGAACCAUCUUUGCAUUCCAAAAGAAUCCAACAUGUGUUAUUUCUUUGAGGCAGUGAUUGUGAAAGUUGGGUUUUCUUUUUUAAAUUCCAUUGAUCAUUCGUGCAAUAGGAAUUAGACAAUUAGUCACUGAACACAUUUGUUGCAUUGACCCAUUGAAAAAGUGGUGGUGGUUUUUUUUUAUUUGUUCAGAGGGAGGGGUUUUGUAACCUGAAAAUUUUCCCUUUAUUCUUCUGUUAAACUAUAUCAAAUCAUUCUAUUAUAGUGUUAUUUAAUAUGUAAAUUGUAUUGCUAUACAUAAAAUAAAGUAUGGUUUUUGAUGUA